UGACAGACAAUCGCGUUUUGGUAUUUCGAGCGCUGAAAAUUGUGAUGUAAAAAGAGAAAACUAAAUGUUUACCAGCCAUCAUGGCGAAUCCAAGGAAAUUUAGUGAAAAAAUUGCCCUCCAUAAUCAAAAACAGGCGGAAGAAACUGCUGCCUUUGAAAAAAUAAUGCGCGAAGUUUCCGACGCAACCAAUAAGCCUGAAGAAGUAUCGUUAGCAAACCAGUAUGGUCUGGGCGGCGGGCGAAGUGGUGGCACGUCCCCAUCUCGCAAUCCAGGACAGCGGGGCCGCGCGUCAUCCUCAGUGGGGCCAAUGCGUCGUCCAGCGGACCGAAAACAUGAUACCAGUCCUUAUGGAAGUACCGUCUACUUAAGUCCUCCGCCUGAUAGCAAUUGGCGGCGAACAAAUUCAGACUCGGCGCUUCACCAGUCGUGCGGCGGCGAGCAGCAAGUGGCCACUCAGCCGCUGUCACCACACCACCCUCUUCAUUCCCACGCACAUCCGCAUCUACAUCCACACCAGAAUCACCGGAGAACUGCCGACAUACACCUCGAUGUGCUGACGACGCUGGGAAUGAACCCAACGAGUCGUCCCAGAUCCUCUUGCGAAAUACCUAGAAUACCAAACAAUAACAACGUGUACGAGAGCGGCGGGGACGGCGGGGGCGGCGGCGGCGGAGGCGGGGGGGCGGCGGGCGGGCUGGCGUGCGGCGAGCUGCAGGUGCCGGGCGGCUCGCUGCCCGACCUCACCUCCGUGCACUUCCCGCCGCCGCACUACAUGCAGCAUCGGAACUCGCCCGACUACCACCAGCUCAGAUACAGUCCGACGUCCCCGGGCGCGGUGUCCCCGAGCGGCGGCAGCGUGUCCCCCGCGACGGGCGGGCUGUCCCCCGCGUCGGGCUCCCCGGUGGGCGCCACCGUCCCGCUCACCGCCCUGCACUCGCACCACCACCACCACGACCACACGCUCUACGACGCGCAGAAUCACUUAUCUGUACCAAACACAAAUAAUUAUCUCCAUCAUAAUAAGAACAUGUCACCUUUGGACCACAGUGGCUGGAUUACAUCGAGUUACCAGUCCCACUGUAGUCCGCCCUCACAAUAUUCAUCGACAUCGAAUAUAAAUAUACCUUCGCCGACGAUGGUACACAGUCCAGGAAGUCCUGUGGAGUCACCACAAACAGAUUAUAACAAUCUACACCAAGUAUUGUUACAACCCUUUGAGCAAAUCACAAUGAUGGAUGCGCCUGUUUCCAAUUACAAUACGACGUAUAUGAAUCAUAGUUCGCCACAUUCGCCACAGACGACGAAUACGCCCCACACGUAUUCACAGAAUAUGAGAUCGGUAUCGGUGUGUGGUCUGCAGGCGGCGGGAAGUGUAGGUGAGGAGUCGCGGCGAAGUGCGCGGGAUCCAGUACCGGGCGGUGGAGGGUUCGCGGCUCUGCAGCCGCUCGCCUCGCCCUCCGCGCCGCCCACGCCCGCCACGCCCGCCAGCAUACCCGACAUCAUACUCACCGAUUACUCGGGCGAAAUAGACGCGGGCAUAUUCGGCGGUGAAGAGGCGCAACUGCGCGAAGGCCUCGACCUGGACGACCUCACGCUCCUGGAGGAGCCGAGCGCGCUGCUCCCGGACUCGUCUGUGGAGCACGAGUUCCGGCUCGACCGCUUGUAGUACUGCGCCACCCUCGCCCGCGCGGCCCCGCACCCAGUGGCGCCGCUGUCCGCACUCCGUCUGUAUGAUUCACAACUAUCUACGCGCCCCAACGAUACCACGGACGGCCACGUAUACAGAGUGGAAGCUUUGCCUGUGCUCAUUCUGGAAUAUUGCAAUCGUUGAAUUAAAACACGAUGAAUAUAACAAUACUGUCGAUAUCACCGUUGAAUUGUAUUGAGUGGUGGUAUUCGCAAUAUUAUUUGUAUUAUUCGUUGUUUGUGUUUGAGUAAGAUAUUUUCAGAUUGAACUUUUUCGUAAGCUUACUCUGUGUACGCAGUUUUCUGUGGCAUUACCCCACGUUUCUACCAAAAUAUAUAAGAAAAUAUAUUUUUAAAAGAUUAACAUUUGUGUAAAUGGGUAUCACAAUGUUCACACAAACAAAUAAUAUAUUUUAUACAUAUAUUAUAUAUGUUGAUUGAACCCUGGAUAAAUAUAUAUACUCUGUUCCAAUAGAACUUAUAAAAAAUGUAAACAAACAUUAUUACGAAAAUGAACAAUUUUUGUACCCGUAUUUAUUUGUUCUACCUUUUAAAUUGACUUAAAAAAUAUUAUUUUGCUCACAAUUUCCAGAAAAGAUGUGAGUCAUAAUUUAAAUACCAAUAAUAAAAUAGUUGAUUACUAAAUUUUUAUUCUAUUAUAUUUAAUUUAGUUUUUACAUCUUAUGACAAACUUAGAAGAUUAUUUUUCGUAGUACUAAAGUAUUUGUAAUGAUGUAUAAUUAAUUUAAAUAUAAUAAAUUGAUAUAUUCAUUAGACCAAUUGAAGUAUUCAAUACAAUUAUUGAUUUUUGUUUCAUACUGCAUUUGACACUAGACUGGUUGAGUCAGUAAUCUCUUUGUUUACCUGAUUAUUAAGUUCUAUUUGAAUGGCCUAUAUAUGAUAUAUGUUUGGUAGAAACACGGUGUAACGGUGAGGCCGACGUGACGUGACGUGACGUGACGUGACGUGACGAGACGAGAUGAGACGAGACUCCCUAUACUUCAUGACAAUUUCUAUCGUUUCAAGUCUGAGUUAGUGACCAUAGGACUCGGUGUAGCCGCCUGUAGUUAUAGUAAGGUUCCGUGAGUGAAGGCCAAUUGAGUGAUGAGAGCGGGGACGAGCGGUCGCGACUGGUCGACACAUUCCCAGCACUGGGCGAGCCCAACACGUUCACAGUAGACUGUAAAUUUAUGACGAGUGCAAGUGUUCAUUGUGGUUUUAACAUUUUACUCAUGUUUCUAAUUCGGAGGGUUAGGUAUGUUAUAGAAUUAGAUUUUUUAAAUGGUAAUCGAUCAAUAACGACGAUUAGUGUACAGCAUGAAGUGAUUAUUUUUUAAUUAGUAUUGUGAAUAUUUACUCGAAUAUCAUUAGGGAAUUCAAUUCGUAUUAUAUGGAGACAUUUUUAUUAAUAUUCUAUAUGUGAGACCGUGUCGGUCGUUUCUUUGUACAUAAAACUUGAAAGUGUUCACUUUAUUGAAAUUGCAUUUAAAUCGCUAAUGUCGCAUCGCAUUGUUGUUUAAAUCAUUUGUUCACGUAAAACGAAUUGUUAAAUUAUUAGUUAUAUUAUUCGCGUAUUCGUCGCCAUCUAAGCUUACGGUUCCUAUGACAAAGCUGUUGGUUUGCAAAUAUUAACUAUAUUUAAUAUAGUCGCAGAUCAGUUUUAGGAUUUGCUAUCUAUUUAUUGAAAUUUUAAAAUGUAUUUUGUCUUAAUAAUGCUUCUAUAUAAGUCUAUAUAUAUAUAUUCUAUUUUUUAAACCUUUGGGAAUAUUACAGCAAUAAUUUUACUUAUUGUAAUAAACGAAUCGAAUGUACUAUCUCGAUUAUUAGAAAUUAUAUAUUGGAACUGUAGGCUCAGAUUACAUAUGUUACAUUUUAAAGAAAUGACAUUUUGAAAUAUCUUUCAGCGAUUGCUCAACCGUUGACUGAAAUUACAUAUUUAGCAUGAAUAAACAAUUAAAAAUCGGCUUUAACUUCAUCCAGAAAUAAUGGCGAUAUUUGAAAGAUUCAUUUUUCAUUAAUAUCACAGUAUGACCACGUUAACUUAAUUCCUUUAUACAACUUUUUUAGAAUAACAAUUUAGCAUUGUAAAUAAGAGUUGUUGUUAAACAUUUUAAUAAGCUUUUGUCGCAAACAUAUCUUUGCCUGUAAACAAAUGACAAACUAUUCCAUUUUUAAAUAACUCCUCGGGCUUUUACUGCCUUCUCACCAAAAUACUUAUUGCAAU